AUGUCGGACCAAGCAAAUUCAAAAGAAGCCGCAAAAUACCAAAAGCUCAAUAGAAAAUUGCAAAGACGCAUCACUAAACGUGAAGAUAUCCAUCUCUUGGCAGAGAUUCUUUCGUGGGAGAUUCAAAAGCUGGAACGAAGGCUCAAAAAUCUCCCAGUCCCAUCCAGCAUAAAUUCAGAGGCUAACAGUACUGAAGCUGACGAUGCUUCAUUGUCUCCUCGGGUUCAUUUUGAUGAUGGGUCCACUGAAAGCCACGAACUCUUGGGCCACAGCGAUACCGAAUCAGAAAACCCUCCAAGAAAGGAUUACACUGAGCCAAUACCUAUCAUCAAUGGCAGUGAUUCUAAGGCGUCAGAAAGCCCUCUGGCCAAGUUGGUUAAUAGCACUCAUUAUCCACCACCAGGUAUCGAUCUCGAAAGGCUAGUGUCAUGGCAGAUAGAAAGGCACUGUCAAUGGGCCGGCAAAUAUGGUGCAUGGGAAUCCAAGGAGGAAAUCCACACUGCACUCGAUAUACGGUCAGCCAGUGAACUAAAACUUGGAAAGCCAUAUGGCAAGAGAAACAUCGAACUCAAUCCCACAGGGCGUGAAUACUACAGACACGGGUUCAAAUGGGGUCGUCCUGCUGCAGCUCUUCUGGAAGCUUUUCACGAGUGCAAUUGGCAUUCAUGCAAAGAUCCCGCGAGAUGA